AGCAUGGAAGAUGCAAACUCACAAGAUGAAAUAGGAAGCAUCUUGCCACAGUUGGUGGACUUCUUGUUCGAUAAUGUGGAUUGGUUUCUCAGUAAAGUGCCACUCUUUAUUCCUGAUGUGGAUCUCAGACAGAUUUCUCUGAAAUCAGAUGACAAAGGAACCCUCUCCGCACUUCUCCAGGAGCUAAUGGAGUCCCACGCCAAGGAAUGGAGGGCUUUCAUUCAGUAUGUGUGCAUGGAAGGAGAGCUGCCUAUGGACUUGGAGACACAACUACUGAGUACGGUCGGACAAGAUCCUGCUGAAACCUACAAGGAGCAGAUUGUUCACACACUGUUAAACAAGUAUGGCUUUGGCAUCAAAGAAGAUGCCAGCCAACAAUUAAAGCAGAUGUUUGUGGAGCCAUUGAUCCAGCAAGUCAAGGUACACACUAAGGUGUCAAAGCCAAAGGGUGACCCAAGCACCUCGUCGGCUAUAGAAGAAACCCCAGGCACAAUGAAAAUAUCUCAGCUGUUUGAACGUGCCAGUAUCUCUGGAACGCAUGCUAUUUUACUAGUCGGCAUGCCGGGUACAGGGAAAACACUGCUGAUGCACAGGAUAUGCUAUGAAUGGGCAAGUGGGGGAUUCCAACAAUUUACGAUGACCUUUCUCUUUGAGUUUCGACAGCUAAACUUAAUCAGUAGAAGUGUCACACUUAAGGAACUUCUCUUCAACUUGUUUCUCAGGCCGGAGAUAGAUCAAGAGAAAGUAUAUCAAUACAUCACCGAGAAUCCUCAGAAUGUUCUUAUUAUAUUUGAUGGGCUUGAUGAGUUCGCUGGGAAGAUUUCCAGCAGUUCUAAUAAGAGGAACAUUGAUCCCAUGCAAGAUGUUCCUAUAUCAGAGAUGUUCCAAAAUCUACUUGAAGGAACAGUACUAUGUGGAUGCACAGUUGUGGUCACUUGUAGAUCUAAAAUCCUCACCAACCAGCUCCUUAGUUUGGCAAAGUGUGUCGCAGAAGUCUUGGGCUUUAAUGAAGAUAUGGUUGAGAAAUACGUGAGCUUGUAUUUUCACAAAGACGAACUCAGAGACCAAGCCUUGUUUCAUUUAAGGGAAAACCAUACUCUCAUGCGCAUGUGCUUCGUACCUGCUUUAUGUCACAUCGUGUGCAUAUGCCUGGAAUAUAUGCUGCAUGUGUCAUCGAUAAAAAUGCAGCUACCGCAAACGAUAACGCAGUUUUACGUGAAAAUGCUGAAUAUUUUCAUUUGGAAACAGCAAAUGUAUUUGCCUAACGAAGCAAUGGGACUGAAAAAAUUUAGGCCUGAAAUCUGUGAGUUAUGUCACCUGGCUCUCAGAGGACUCGAUGAAAACAAGACUGUGUUUUAUGUUGAAGAUAUUUCGGAGGACUUAAAGGGCUUUGCUCUAGGCCACGGGCUUCUCUCUAGGUUUGAUGUAAAAAAGAUGGACAGCAGCAGAGACACUGGAUAUUCUUUUGUACACUUGAGUUCUCAGGAAUUUUUCGCUUCCUUAUAUCUAAUGAUAAGUAAGACUGUGACACAAAGCUCGCUCAAACAAAAGCUCUCCCUGAAAUCAAAAUGGAAUAUAAAGUAUAAAACGAAAGACGACUUCACUGACAAUUUCCAUAUAUUUCUGUCAGGGUUGUCUUCCAAAGAGUGUCGGGCGUUUCUCAAUGAGCUAGCAGAACACGGCGAAGUGUUGGUUCAGAAGAAACAGGAGACCAUCAUAGAAUGUUUGGUCAAGUUUGCAGACUCUCAGCUAACAGGUCCUAAAUUAAUAGAGUUAUGUCACUGUGUCUAUGAAACCCAAGAUCUGGAUUUGGUACGACGCAUUGGAGCGCAACUCAAAUUCAAAUACGACUUUAAAAAUUUCAGGAUUAAUCCGGUUGACAUGACUGCCUUAAGUCUUGUGGUCAAUCACGGACCAUGCCUGGUUAGCUUGGAUUUUGCAGGGUGCCCUAUGGAAGCGGAUUGCAUCGCCGUCUUGGAAAAAUGUGAUACUAUUGAAAGCUUGAGCUUCAGGAACAGAAAAUAUGGAGAUGAAUUUGUUAAAUCACUUUCAAAGUGUUUACCUGCCAUGAAAUUCCUGAAGAAGCUCAGGUUGACUGCUGGAAGAAUCACAGAGGAUGCAGCUACCGCCUUGAAACAGUCUCUCCUCUGUUGUAAGCAGCUACAGGAAAUUAAUUUGCAAGAUAACCAUCUAAAAGCUAAGGAAAUGCUCCUAUUUCUAGUAGUGUUUGAGAAGAUGGAGCAGCUGAAGCAAAUUGACCUGAGCAACAAUGAGCUUAAUGCGAAAAACAUCCUCACUUUGUCAAAAGCGGCUUCCAAGUGCUUGAGAAUAACUGAAGUUCAAAUGAGCGUUGAACCCACAAUAGCAAUCUUCAAAUCAGAUCUCUCCUCACCGACGAGCCCACCAACUAUGAAGAAAUUCAAGAGCGAAGAGAACAAUGGAGACAGAAGGAGAAGAUUAAGUCUUGUGCACUGCCACCUGACCCCGGAACACGUGCCUGCGCUUGUUGAGAUACUUGUGGACUGCCCACAUCUUUCUGAUGUUAAUUUGUCGGAAAAUUAUUUAUCAAACGAUGGGAUCUGUCAAAUUGCCCAAAUCCUUCCUAAACUAAGAUGCCUGCGUUCCAUUAACUUAAGUGGGAACGGCAUGUCCAUGUGUGGAGUUAUUUACCUGGCCGAGUGCUUAUCUACCGUGGAGAAUAUGACCGAUCUCACCAUUAGCUUUUCGGGAAGGCAGGCGGUUUCGAUGAAACUUCAGAAGAGCUACAGGGAGAAAGGUUUACUGACCAGUGCUGAAGAUUGGACGACCUCCACAGGGACAUCAAAAAACUUCAGUCUCACCUCGUGUCGGAUGACCACUCAGAAGAUGCAGCAGAUUCUUCAAGCUCUUGGACGGUGCACUGACAUCACAAGUAUCAAUUUAUCUGACAAUGGAUUGAGUUACCAGAAUAUCAAAAACUUGUUGAAAUACUUGCCACAGUUUCCCAAUCUGACUUUUCUAAAUUUCAGUAACAGUGACACUUCUCCAAACUGUGCUUUAUUACUGGCUAAGUCAGUCAAUGUCUGUGAACGCAUAAAGGAAGUUGACAUCAGGUCCAGUAAACACAUGUGCCUUCAUUUACAAAAACAACAAAAGGCUAAAGAAGUCAUCAUCAGGUUAAACCACUGCAAAAUUGGCAAGAAUGAUGUGGGCCAGUUGGUGACUGUAUUCCAGAGGAUACCAAACCUGAUAGAAGUGAGCAUGUGCAUGAAUGAACUAUCAGAGGAGGGUAUCCUCAAUCUCCUCGCUGCUCUGAGCUCCUGCAGAAAUGCUACGGAGGUGAAUGCUCGUUUACACCCCAGAGAAACAAUUCAUAUUAUAUUUUCCCCUGGUGGGGACAUGUUGCAAAGCAUAAGGUUGGCGGAGUAUAACUUCCAAGCUGAGCAGUAUAAGAAGCUCCUUUCUAUCCUGGAAGAUUGCUCCAACUUAACCCAUUUCAAAUCGCAGAACAAUGAAAAAUUCCUUGAGGUUCUGGGUGAUUUCCUUACAGUCCUGUCAAGAAAAUCCUGUAUGCUUACCAUAAGUAAUGAUGGACAAUUUAUGGAAGAUGAGCACGUUUUUCUACUUAUGCACACACACCCGGAAAUCCUUGCAAGCAUUGGAGCCAUACGGGUUUAUAAAAACAAAGUAAUACUCGACUUAAAAGACUGUACUGAGCAUAUCCACACAAGAAGUGAUAUAAGAUUUCAAGGAUUACAAUCGUUGAGGUUUAACCACUGUGGACUUCAGGAUAAAACCCAUUUUCUAAACACAUUGAUGACGGAGUGUACAAGCCUCACAGAACUGAAUUUAUCUCACAACUUCCUGGGUGAUGACAGAAUCAGUGUUAUUGCAGAUUCGUUGCCUUCGCUUGUCUUCCUGAAGACUUUUGAAAUAGAACAAGUGAACAUGUCGCAUGUCGGCAUGGCACAGAUCGCAAAGAAUCUUCAACGUUGCAAAGCCAUCCAAAAUAUCAAUCUAUCAAAUAAUGAGAUUGGUGAAGGAGGAGCAUUAAUGUUGGCAAACCUAUUGGCGGAAAAGAGGCAUCUCCAAAUAUUAAAUGUGUCCCAUUGCUUCUCGGCAACAUGUGAAGGCGGCGGACGUUUUAUGCUGGAGCUUUCGAAGUGCACAGAAUUACAAGAGAUUUAUAUAGAUUCUAUAUGUCUGGACGAUUCUUCACUUCAUAUAUUGUGCCAAGGAUUCCCACAGAUGAAGUCCUUACAGAAGCUGAUAUUAAGCAACAAUAAUAUCACCUACCAGGGUAUUUUGAGUCUGGCAGAACAUCUUGGCACUAUUACCAGCAUUGCGACCAUUGACCUCUCUCAUAAUCACAUUGGCCCAUCGGGAGGCAUAAAUCUUGCCGAUGCUCUAAGAAAGUGUGAGCUCAUGGAGGAGUUGAUUUUAGCAGGAAAUAAUUUAGGAGAUGACACUUUUGUUCAACUAGGAGAAGUUCUACCGCAUAUGAAGAAACUGAAGUGUGUUGACCUACAGUCCUGUCAUGUGGGAUCCAGUGGUGGAAGUGCAGUGGCACAAGCGCUGGCCUCGUGUCAACAGAUUGAAUUCAUCAGUUUGUCAGACAACACUUUAGAUGAAAGCUGUUUGCUGACGCUUUCAGAAGGCCUGCCUCAAUUUCAACUUCUGAAGCAGCUUCAUUUAAAAUGUUGUGGAAUCUCAGACAGUAUUUGCAUAUCUCUGGCAGCAGCGAUUGGAUCGUGCCAAAGCCUGGAAGAACUCGUAUUAUCCUGGAACAACAUAGGCGAUGAAGGGGCUAGCACUCUGGCCUUUGGAUUAAAACAAAUGCGUAAACUUCAGAGACUGGAUCUAGAGAAAAAUGUUAUUCAAGCACGAGGAGCAGAAGCCAUAGUCCAAGAGUUGGGCAUCUGUCUUUGGAUAGAAAUUGUCUGUUUAUGGGGUAAUCAGAUCACAAAGGAUAUUGAAAAUAUGCUGCAAGAACAGGAUCCAAGAGUACACUUCUCCUUUUUUAGAUAACUAAUGCAAAAAGGAGCUGCAAGAAGAAUUUGACUGUAAAGUCAAUGUUACCCCAUGUGAGCUUCCACUAGCUUCAUAAGGAUUCAGAUGAGAAUUUGGUCAAACAUGGUCAAAGAUGAACUGGCCGGAAACAU